AUGUGGUCAAACUCACACCAUACGACCAUAUCUAUUACUUUAAUCGAGUUAUCGAUAUUUGUAGUUGAUGCUUUUACUGAUCAAUUAUUUGGCGGCAACCCGGCAGCAGUAUGUCCAUUAGACAAAUGGCUACCCGACUCAUUGAUGCAAAAAAUUGCUGCUGAAAACAAUCUCUCUGAAACGGCUUUUUUCGUGCCAAACUCUGGCAAUGAUGGAUAUGAACUUCGUUGGUUCACACCCCAACUGGAAAUAGACCUUUGUGGUCAUGCGACAUUAGCAGCUGCAUAUAUUAUUUUCACUGAAAUGUCUCCAAUGAAUGAGGAAAUCAACUUUCACACCAAGAAAGCUGGUGUACUAAAAGUAACCCGCCAAAAAAAGGAUGCUUUAUAUACCCUCGAUUUUCCAGCUCGUCCAGCAGCAAAAGCUGAUUUGUCUGAUGGACUAUUGUCAGCACUACGCAGUAAUGUAAUUCCCGUCGAAGUUUAUAAAGCAAGAGAUUAUAUGCUCGUUUAUGAAAGCGAGGCUGAUGUCAAACAAUUAUCGCCAGAUUUUAUGGCGUUAGCUAACAUUGAUGCUGCUUUUGGUGUGAUUGUAACUGCUCCUGGUGAUGAAGUCGAUUUUGUUUCGAGAUUUUUUGCGCCGAGCGCUGGCGUUCCUGAAGAUCCUGUUACUGGUUCAGCACAUUGCAGUCUAAUUCCUUAUUGGGCUGAAAGAUUGGGUAAAAAUCAGCUGCAUGCUUACCAGAUUUCGACGCGUAAAGGAGAACUUUGGUGCGAAAAUCAAGGUGACAGGGUGCGCAUGUCAGGCAAAGUAGUUACCUAUUUAAAAGGUGAAAUAAACGUUUGA